UUGUGAAGAGAUGCCUGCUUGAGCCAUAAAGCAACAUCAUUUUAAUGCCCGUUACAAAUAUAUAUAUUAGGUAUUGUAGCGAGAUUAGUUGAUUGGUUAUCACCAAGUUUAACUACUCUGUCCAUGCAGGAUCUUGACUGAACACCUGUAAGGAAUAUCAAAGAUUAAGUUAGCUUUUUAGCUUGCCUGGCAACGUGUUAGCUUGUCGAAGCCGACAAAAGACGACUGCUCGUCGCACAUUUUUACCUGAAACUGUAAUCUACCAGUAGCCACGUUGACGACCACCGUGCAGGACACGAAGACCGAGGAGAUGGCGACCUCAGUGGGAAACGUGGCCGACAGCACAGAACCGACAAAACGUAUUCUUUCCUUCCAAGGGUUGGCUGAGCUGGCGCACCGGGAGUAUCAGUCAGGGGACUUUGAGGCAGCCGAGCGCCACUGCAUGCAGCUCUGGAGACAGGAGCCUGAUAACACAGGCGUGCUGCUGCUCCUGUCCUCCAUCCACUUCCAAUGCCGAAGACUCGACAGGUCUGCUCAUUUCAGCACCUUGGCCAUCAAACAGAAUCCAAUGUUGGCCGAGGCCUACUCCAACCUGGGGAACGUGUACAAGGAGCGUGGUCAGCUGCAGGAGGCCAUAGAGCAUUAUCGCCAUGCUCUCAGACUGAAACCAGAUUUUAUUGAUGGAUACAUCAACUUGGCAGCAGCUUUGGUGGCCGCAGGGGACAUGGAGGGAGCAGUGCAGGCUUAUGUGUCCGCUCUACAGUACAACCCUGAUCUUUAUUGUGUGCGCAGUGACUUGGGCAACUUGCUUAAAGCCCUUGGGCGUUUGGAAGAGGCAAAGGCAUGUUACCUGAAAGCUAUUGAGACUCAGCCCAACUUUGCAGUGGCUUGGAGCAACCUGGGCUGUGUGUUCAAUGCCCAAGGAGAGAUAUGGCUGGCCAUACAUCAUUUUGAAAAGGCAGUGACUCUGGACCCAAAUUUCCUUGAUGCGUACAUCAAUUUAGGAAAUGUUUUGAAGGAAGCCCGCAUCUUUGACAGAGCUGUGGCUGGUUACCUGAGAGCCCUGAGUCUCAGCCCCAACCAUGCAGUAGUGCAUGGUAACCUGGCCUGUGUCUACUACGAGCAAGGCCUCAUUGACCUGGCUAUUGACACUUACCGUCGUGCUAUUGAACUUCAGCCCCACUUCCCCGAUGCCUACUGCAAUUUGGCAAAUGCCCUAAAGGAGAAAGGCAAUGUGUCUGAAGCAGAAGAGUGCUACAACACAGCCUUGCGUUUGUGUCCAACCCAUGCAGACUCUCUUAACAACUUGGCCAAUAUCAAGCGUGAGCAGGGCAACAUUGAGGAUGCAGUUCAGCUCUAUAGAAAAGCGCUAGAGGUGUUCCCAGAGUUUGCAGCAGCUCACUCUAACCUUGCCAGUGUCCUGCAGCAGCAGGGCAAACUCCAGGAGGCCCUCAUGCACUACAAGGAGGCCAUCAGGAUCAGCCCCACAUUUGCUGAUGCCUACUCAAACAUGGGCAAUACACUGAAGGAGAUGCAGGAUGUCCAGGGAGCGCUGCAAUGCUACACCCGGGCCAUCCAGAUCAACCCGGCCUUUGCUGAUGCUCACAGUAACUUGGCCUCUAUUCACAAGGAUUCUGGAAACAUCCCAGAGGCCAUUUCAUCUUACCGCACAGCGUUGAAACUGAAGCCGGACUUCCCUGAUGCAUACUGCAACUUGGCACAUUGCCUGCAGAUUGUGUGUGACUGGACGGACUACGACGAGCGUAUGAAGAAGCUCGUUAGCAUCGUGGCCGACCAGCUGGAUAAGAACCGCUUGCCAUCAGUGCACCCCCACCACAGCAUGCUUUACCCACUCUCUCACGGCUUCCGCAAGGCCAUCGCUGAACGCCACGGAAACCUUUGCCUGGACAAGAUCAACGCUCUGCACAAACCUGCUUUCGAGCAUCCGAAGGAUCUGAAGACCAGCGGCGGGCGUCUGCGUGUGGGAUACGUCAGCUCUGACUUUGGCAACCACCCCACUUCCCAUCUGAUGCAGUCCAUCCCUGGCAUGCACAACCCUGAUAAAUUUGAGGUGUUCUGCUAUGGGCUCAGCCCCGAUGACAGCACCAACUUCCGUGUGAAAGUGGUAGCAGAGGCUCAUCAUUUCACAGACCUCUCACAGAUUCCUUGCAAUGGCAAGGCAGCUGAUCGAAUUCACCAGGAUGGAGUCCACAUUCUGGUCAACAUGAACGGAUACACCAAGGGAGCCCGAAAUGAGCUGUUUGCCCUUCGCCCUGCCCCUAUUCAGACUAUGUGGCUGGGUUAUCCUGGAACCAGUGGGGCGCCCUUCAUGGACUACAUCAUCUCUGACAAGGAGACGUCACCCUUGGAGGUGGCUGAGCAGUACUCUGAGAAACUGGCCUACAUGCCACAUACCUUCUUCAUCGGGGACCACGCCAACAUGUUCCCUCACCUCAAGAAAAAGGCUGUGAUAGAUUUUAAAUCUAAUGGCCACAUCUUUGACAACCGCAUUGUUCUCAAUGGUAUUGAUCUGAAGGCCUACUUGGACAGUCUGCCAGAUGUGAAGGUGAUAAAGAUGAAGUGUGACAACAACCAGGAACCUGCUGGGGAGAUAAAUGGACAGCUGUCCAUGCCUGUCAUCCCCAUGAACACGGCAGCUGAAGCUAUCAUCAACAUGAUCAACCAAGGCCAGAUCCAGGUCACAAUCAAUGGAUUCACUGUCAGCAACGGCCUGGCCACCACACAGGUAUGUCAAAACGCAUCGGUGUUAAUAACUCCUCACUCCUUGCAGAUCCUGAAGCGUGUGAGCAACAGUGUGCUGUGGCUUCUUCGCUUCCCUGCUGUCGGCGAGCCCAACAUCCAGCAGUACGCCCAGAACAUGGGUCUGCCUGCCUCUCGCAUCAUCUUCUCUCCUGUGGCCCCCAAAGAGGAACAUGUGAGAAGGGGCCAGCUGGCUGAUGUGUGCCUGGACACUCCUCUGUGCAACGGUCACACCACAGGCAUGGACGUUCUCUGGGCUGGAACGCCCAUGGUCACCAUGCCAGGUGAGACCCUUGCCUCCCGUGUGGCUGCCUCACAGCUCAGCUGCCUGGGCUGCCCUGAGCUCAUAGCCCACAGUCGCCAGGAGUAUGAGGACAUAGCAGUGAAACUCGGCUCUGACAUGGAAUACUUGAAGAUGGUCAGAGCUCGUGUCUGGAAGCAGCGGAUCUGCAGCCCUCUUUUCAACACCAAGCAGUACACAAUGGACCUGGAGAAGCUUUAUCUGCAGAUGUGGGAGCACCAUAGCAAUGGCAAAAAGCCAGAACCCCUGGUCAAAAUCCAUUCAGUAGAGACCAGUGAGAAUGCCUAAACUGGAAGCAUGCUGAUUUAUUUUUCCUUGUACCCUUACCAUGUCCAGCCCUCCAUGUUUUUAAAAAAAUAACCAUUGUCUGCACCCUUGUUUGGAAUGGUCAGUGUCCACUCCUGCCCUCUCCCUCAAUGAUUGUCUCCAUUGCUCUCAUUCACUUUUAAUGGGACUCUUCUUUGUAAAGGAGCCCAAAGAUGUACACAUUUUUUCCCCAUCACAUCCGUGGUUACAUCACACAUCUGCAUUUCCUGAGCCAGAUGCAGCCUGAGACUUUUAGGCACCUCUUCUGAGACUCUUGUCCUAAAACACAGUAUAUUUGAUGAGCAUGAGGAUUGUGACUGCCCUGCUACCCCUCCAGUCCUUGGAUCAGUGGAUUUGUGUUGGAUCAGUGGAUUUGUGUUCUGUCCGUGUGAGUACAGGACUAACUGCAGCUUGUGGAGAGAAGCCGUCAUUACUUGUUGAUCUAUUUAUAAAUGGAUUAAGAUUGUUGUGUUUUAAAAGGAUAAUGUUGCCCCAUGGAAAUUGUAACUCUGACUUAAGUUUCAUCAGCUUCAACAUGCAAUUGUAAAACUUGGAUUGCAACUGCUCUUCAGUUUGUAUAAAGCUGUUAUUAAAUUACUGCAUUGAAUAUAUGUGCUAGUUUUUAAGGAAUAUGGUCUUGACAGACACUUUACCCCCCCCCCGGGGACACACACACACACACAAAAUGCCAACUUUUAUUAAUUUAGUCAAUCAAAGAAUAUGUUCAGUGGCUGUGCUGUUUGAUGUCACAAUAUGUUUAAGAAGAUUGAACAAAGAUGGUCAAAGGCGCUUCAACUCAUUGGAAAGGCCCUACAUGUCAGUUUUUUUCAGAGUUGUUCACAAAUUGAUAUUUUUUUUAACUCAAACCAGGAACGGCAUAGGUAAGUAUUUUCUAAGGGGUUUUUGUUUUUGUAUUGUCCGUUACUGUAUGCUGUCAAUGAUGCCGCGAGGUUCUAAAUAUAAUACGAAAAAUAAAGAGAUGGCAAAACUCUG